GUCGCGGGAAACGUUCGGACAAUCACGUCAAUAAACAGUAGCAUUUCAAUAUCAUGAGAACAUUAAAAGAUUUACAAUAUAUAAAUAUUAAUCUGCUUCUUUUGUAUUCAUGAGUGUCAUUUGGUUUUUAGUGUUUAACGUUACUUGUGUUCGGCUAACAGCUUACUCGCUUCUCUCGGUUGCCAUGACAAACGAGCUAGCAAGCUAAUAACGUUUGUGUACAACACCUAUACUGUAAUUCCGCUCGUCUCAUGGUGAGUCUGAGUGAAUUAUGGCACAUAGACUGACUAAAGAAGAGUUGGAUCAACAGUUUGAGCAGUUCCUAAAAGAGUCUGUAUCUGAUGAUUCCUUUGAACUGGGCUCCAGCACUAAGCACCCCAGUGUUCUUGAUAGCCUGGGUAGGCCACCCAUCAAACCAGUGAAGAAGAGCACAGUGUCUGUGCCCUGGUGGCAGAAUGAUGAUGAUAGUGAGGAAACUGGGAUGUCAACAACAGGAAAGUCCUUCCUGAAGUCCCUAAGAAAGACUCCAUCCAUUAAAGAGGUUGACGAAGAGCAACAGAAGGAGCUAAUCUUAGAAGAUGAUGGCAAACGAGAGCCUGUCAUCUUCAGCAGAGAUAGCCUGGAACCCGAAGAUAUUUUGCUGGCGUCUGCACCAGGAGAAAGCCCUGGCUUUCUAGGAUCAGACAUGUCAGACGCAGAGGAGAAGACCAGGUUUCUGUCUAACCUGAAGUCUUCAUCCCUCGACUUUUCCAUACCGAUACAAGAACGUGAGGUCUCAACGCCCAUCUGUCUGCGAAGGGAAGAAGAGAUUGAUGCAACAAAUGAAGAAGAACAGAAGAAAAGUAAAGACACUGCUGCAUCUCCUGCAUAUAGUGAAGAUUUUGAGGACGAGGCCAGUGAGAAAACUGAUGAUGAGCAUCAAGAGAAGGUGAAUAAACCUGAAAGGCAUGGGAUGCUGGCUAAAGUAUCACUGCAUGACUCUUUAAACUCCACUGAUGGAGCUCUACACAUUCCUGCUGCCAUUGUGUCCCCAGAUAAAUGGUCAAACCCUAAAAUCAUUGAGGAACCAGCUGUUCAACCAGCAGUGCAAUCAUACGGUCAGAGCGAAGGGAGUGAGAUGGAGGCUCUGCGGGACGCAUACAGGCAGAUCAGCGGCUCGGUGGGGGUGUGCGAGGACAGGCGAGUGGAGGACACCAGGACCCCCCUCUCUCCCUCCACCCUCCAACCUGCCUCCACCACAGAGUCAGAUUUACCCACUGCUGAGGAGCUGAUGCGUCCAAUAGGACCAGAUUCUGGAUUCACCCGCGGCUUCUCUCUCCAGCCCAUAAUUGAGGCAGCGGUUCAGGACAGCGAGACUCAUAGUCCAUUAAGGGUAUCUUCAGAUGUAAGCCCUUUCAGUUCAGCUAAUGAUAGCUGUGGACGGGAUAACAGAAAUGGCCUAAUUCAAGGUGAACAUCUAGACUCUCUUCAGGACACACAAAAGAGCAUUGCUGAGGAGAUCAAACGGCUCAUGGAGGAGCAGGACAGCUGCUAUGCAGAACUUCCCAAACCCAGGAAACGGCAGGUUCCUGCUAGAUCAAGUGCAUCUGCACAUCUAACAGCACAUAGAAAAGCUCCUGUUCCAUUAUUAAGGACCAAAAAAACAGAGAGCAGGUCAUUACCCAGAGCACCAGCACCCGGCAGAAGCAGUCACGCUGGCAAACCUCCAUCACCUGUAACACAGAGAAGAGCUCAGAGCCAAGCCUCAAAAAAGCCUCAGAACCUCAGCCAAACACAGACGGUCAAAGGUACCUGCACUUCAGGUUUAGAUGCAAGUUUAAAGCUAAGCAGUGAACUGGUGUCUUCAGUGGAGUCCUUUGCUACAUUCCUACAGCAUCACGUUCAAGCAAAUACUGUACAGUACGACAACCCACAUAAAGCAGAUGGGAUCACACCCAAAGCAGAGACAGAAUAUCGGGUAAUGCAGGAGAGGGAACUUGCUCCAUCCUCUUACCAAGAGCACACAUCACUGGAGCGUUUCCGCCUGCAGCUUGCCCAGAAAGAUAAAGAGCUUCACCUUAGAGAAGAACAGUUACGACAGGAACAUGAGAAAGAGAAAGCAGCGCUCUGUCAGGAGAUCUAUGUGCUGCAAAGCAAAUUGCACAGUGCAGAAGAGGUCACUAAGAAGCAGAAGUGGUGUUUCGGUGAUGCCUCAGACCCUGUGACUGAAGAGAAACUAAAGCUAAUAGAGAAAGAGAUGAAGGAGCAGGAGACUUUGAUUCAAGGCUACCAUCAGGAAAACGAAAAACUGUAUCUUCAAAUGAAAGCUCUCCAGGUUCAAAGCAAACAAAACGAAGAGGCUUUGUUCAUGGAGAACCAGAGACUUCAGAAUGAGUUAGCACGAACCAGGGAGCGGUUGAAUAUGAGCGGUAUUCAAAGAACUGUUGGAGUGAAAAGCAUUGCUGAUAAAAGCUUCAACAUUGCAGAGCUGACAGGUCAGGUGCAAGCGUCACAGAGAAACGAGGAGCGACUGCAAGACGAGAUCCACAGGCUUAAACAGGAGAAACAAGCAUUGCACGUAGACCUGGAGAUGAUGAAAAAAGAACGAGACCUCGCCAAAGCUCAGGUUGUCUACACAUCAGGUGAUAAAGGUUUCGAGAUAAAGAUGCUCCAGGAGAAACAUCAGGAGGAGGUGAUGGAGCUAAAGAAGAGGCUGCAGUGGUACGCCGAGAACCAAGAGCUCUUGGACAAAGAUGCGGCCAGACUCCGAGCGGCCACAGCAGAAACUCAAAGAUUAGCCGAGCAGGUGGAAAAGCUUAAGAUGGAGGUCAACAGGAGAGCCAAUGAACAGCAGAGAAAGGCGAAGGAGAGGGCGAGUGAAGCUAAAAGAAUCCAGGACCUGGAGCGUCAGCUCAAACAAAUGGAGGAUCUGCUAAAGAGCAGGCACCCAAACUCCCUGCCAGCCUUGAUCUUUGCUGCCGCAACUGCAGGUGACAAGGAGGGUGUAGCGGACAUCCAUCCACCUGCCGGCCCUCAAUCCUCCCAGACGGCAGUUCUGCUAGAAAGACGCGUCCAUCGCCUGGAGGCAGAGCUGGAGGGUCGUGAUGAAGCUGCCAAACGCAGUCUCAGGACAAUGGAGCAACAGUAUCACAGGAUAAAACUCCAGUAUGAACAGCAGAUAUCAGAUCUAGAGCAGCGUCUGGCUGAGAAAAGCCAAAAUCCAACUGCUACAUCCGAAGUCUCCGAGUCACAAAUUCAGACCUUAAAGGCCGAGCUAGAGGAAAUGAAAAAGACCCAUCAGAAACGAGAGAUUGAUCUCCAGGCAGAAGUGGCAUCUCUCCAAGAGCUGCUCCACCAGGCUCAGGCUUCAUCGAGUGCGGACAAACCCGCCCGCAGCCCUUCCCGUCACCAGUUAAACGCAGAGGCUGCCCAAGCGGGACGCAUCGAGAGGAUGACGCAGGAGCUGAGCUCCAAGAGCCGCACCAUCCAAGAGCUGAGUCGCACCGUUGAGCGUCUGCAAAGGGAGAGGAGAACCAUGCUGUCCACCCCUGGCGUCCAUCGAAAUGCUGCCGAGCACAGACAGCAUUCAGGUGCACCUAAAGAAGCCAAAAAAACAGCUGAGACUUUCCCGUCUACCCAGGAUGAGAAAGACUACCAUCCCGGUGCAUUCUCAGGCUCACACAUCUCAGAGGUGCAGCUGGAAAACGACAGUUUGCGGGUGAGACUUGAACAGAUGGAGAUACAGAGAGAAGAAGAAAGAGUUUCCCUGCAAGCUGCUGUCACACAUGCGCAGGCUCAGCUCCACAGGGCUCAGGAGCAGAAUGCAGAGCAACUCGCCUCAGUCAAGGCUGAACAUCAUAGAGAGAUUGAACGCCUCCGGGUUUGCCAUGCCCUUGAACAUUCCUCAUCCAAAGUGGCUGAAAUCACCAACCAAGUGAACACACAAGAGAUCAUAAUACAGCAUUUACAAGCGCAAGUGAAAGAGCUCCAGGGUACCAGAGAAGCACUGUCUGUGUCUAAGAUUAGAGAAGAAACCUUGCAGAAUCAGCUGUCUACGCUUCUGGAAGAGCUGAAGCAGGCCAAAGAAGGCCAUAGCCCUGAACUAAGACACUUCACCAGUCUCGAGCAGAAAAUUCAAUCCAUGGAGCUUCGCUACAGUCAGCGUGAGAAACAGCUCCAGCAGGUGAUCGCAGACACACGCCGGGUGGUGGAGCAGGAGCAGCAGGGUGAGGUGGACCGCUGGAGGAGAAUCGCUCAAGGCAGGGCUAAAGAGCUGGAGGCUUUCAGAUUGGAGCUGGACUCUAUUCUGGAUGUGCUCCGAGAACUCCAGAGACAGGGCGUGGUUAUUCCCGCCCCGGAACACGCCUCCACUUCUGCUCAUGCAUACCUGCCCCUACGAUCCUGAGCUGUAUGUACCAGUCACCACACUCAGGUGCACUUCAUGCCAAAUUUGCGUUGGAUUUGUGGCUGCACAAUAUUUAAACGUUUUGCGUGUGUUGAGUGGCGAAGAUAAUUUAUUGUUCAGGAACAUUCAGGGUAUUUAUAAGAAGGUGUUUGAAUACUGUAUAGCCAUGUUUUAUGCGUGUAAAGAAACAACAUUUUGUAUUAAAGUUCUUUCUUAUUUACUUGAAUUCAUCUUGUUAAGCUACUAAUCUGUUUUGAAAUGAUUGCACCAUAGGAUAUUCUUAAACGUACAUCUAAAAAUGCAUGAACACAAGUUAUAAAUAAUGCAAAUAAUGUAGACGUCAGGAUUUAUUACUUGUCUCAUAGCUGGGCUCAGUUCAUACAGCUUGAUUGCUAAUGAAUGCCUUAAAAUGCAUAAGGGGCUAUGGUUGGUCUUCAUUGUUAAUAGAUGAGCUCUGAAUUUGAAUUAUGAUUAAAAACUUUUAAAUAUAUUCUGUAUAAGACACUCCCACAAAGAAAGGUUAAAAAAGUAGCCCCUAGCUGUCACUGGGACAGGACCCUUUGAAAGAGCUCAUAUUGGUGCCUCCGAGCGAGGUACAUAUUGGUAUCAGAUGUAAACACUGCAUCUGUACCUAAAUGGUAAUAUUAGGACCUUUUUAAAGGGUACUGCCCCAGUGACAGCUUGGGACCACUUAUUUCUGACAUUGUACGUUGUUUUGAAUGUGUCACUAACCAGUCAUUUUAAUUGACCUUAUACAUCAAUUUAAGUCACUCUGACCCAGAAUCAUGUUGAGAUUUAUGCAUUAAAGUAAAAAAAGGAGAAAUCUUGACUUAAAAAUGUUUUUGGGUCAGUGUGACUGACAAUAAUAGAGCAGGUCACAUUUUUCUCCACAGUUAAUUUCAUAGUUCUUAAAAAUGGCUGUACGGCAUGUGGUCCUACAGUUCCACAAACUUUAUUGGCAUGGGUGGAUUGCAGUUCUAGCAAAUGCCCGAGGAGCCAAACCGUUUUUUAAUGUGGGCCGGUCCAUUUUUCUUAUGUAUACCAGAUCAGAUGUUAGGUGGAUGCAGGGGUGAACUGCUCUGGAGCACCGGGAGUGUUCCCAGUGGGCCGCUCGGCAAUGUGGGCUGGUUGACUGUUAUGAACGUAUAGAGAAAUAAUAAUAACGAUUACACUGUGUUUUUUCUUUGGGCCAACUUGUAACUCGCUGCUGUCAUUGCUGACUUCUUUAAAACACACAGUCGGUUAGUGUAGUGGUCUAAACGCACAUCAGUAGCCUCUUUCUCACAGUAAUUUCUGUAAAUUACCAUGUAUUUACCAGUAAAUACAAAAAUGUGCUGUUCACACAUGCAGUGACGUUCUGUCUUUUUACCAGUAAGACAUCAUUCACACAUAAAUAUCAAAGUACCGGUAAACUUGAUGAGAAAGCGGAAGUUACCUGUUGUGCGGCAAGCUCAGUGUUGUAUUUGUAAACAAUGGUGGGUUA